AUGUCAUAUCGAGGAAGUUAUUCUUCAAGUAAUUAUUAUUCAAGGAGGUAUUCUCCUGAUGACAGUAUGAGUGAUUCUCCAAUUAGUUAUUCACCUAAACCACGAGAUCGAGACCGAACGAAUGAAAGAAUGAAUGAACGAGAAUGGGAUAUGAUAAGACAUAACGAAUGGAAUGGGUACUCACCACGAAGAGGAGUAAGGCGAGAAGAACCAUACUUAUCACCACGAAGAGACAUUCGAAGAGAAGAACCAUAUCUUUCACCACGAAGAGAUAUUCGAAGGGAAGAACCAUACUUAUCACCACGAAGAGAAAUGAGAAGAGAUGAGCCAUAUCUUUCACCACGAAGAGAUAUUCGAAGAGAAGAUGAAAGUGGAAUGUUUUCACCACGUAGUCGAUCUGAAAUGAGAUUUAGAGAGAAACGAAGAGAAGAAGAACAAGAAGCAGAAACGUAUUUUAAUAGGAAUAGAAGAAAUGAAUGGUUUAUUAAACAAUUUCAUCCAAUCAAUUUAAGGGAAAGGAGAAUGGCUAAACAACGACAAGUACAAGAAGCGUAUGAUAAAUUUAUGAAUAACAUUAUAUUUCCGAAUUAUGGAGAUGAGAAGAGUCUUCCUGAUGAUCCAUAUGAUGGUAGAAGAGUUAUGGUAAUAUCUGAUCAUGCCACAACAAA